UCCCAUUACUGCUAUUUAAGGAGCCACCAGUUUGCGAUCUCCUUCCUUCUCAAGCUUCCUUCUUCAGUUCAUCCAUGGAAGUAGAGCUGCUUCCUCGCAUCAUCCAUGAGAACGAAGCCGCCUCCUCUAAUCCCACCGCCGCCAGAUCCAAGAAGCGGGAUCACUGCACCAUCGCCGCCGAAGAAACCAAGAAGCAGAGCAAGGACAGGAAGCACCAGCUGUACCGCGGCGUGCGAAUGCGGAACUGGGGCAAGUGGGUGUCGGAGAUCCGCGAGCCGCGCAAGAAGUCGCGGAUUUGGCUCGGGACGUUCCCCACCCCUGAGAUGGCCGCGCGCGCCCACGACGUGGCCGCGAUGACCGUAAAGGGCCAGGCCGCCCACCUCAACUUCCCUGAACUCGCCGCCGCCCUCCCCCGCCCCGCCACCGCCGCCCCCAAGGAUAUCCAGGCGGCCGCCGCCCUCGCCGCCGCCGCGACGUUCCCGCCGGAUUCGCAGUCGUCUCCGGCCACCCCAUCGGCCGAGAACGGCGACGAGGAGACGGUCUUCGACCUCCCGGAUCUGCUCCUCGACCACUCUUCCUCGAUCGGGGCGGAGUUCCCGAUCGAGGAGCCAUUCCUGUGGGAGUGCUUCUGAAUUCCAAACCUCGCAUCCAAAAAAACACUCCUGGUGCGAACUGCGAAGCGAUCAACCGAAAGCCGACCGGCAAUUCAGAGCCCUGCAUCGAAUUGUACCAAAGACCAUCUUUCGCCUUUACCUGCGACGAAGAACUGGAAAAUCACUGUUGUCGAUGCGAUUCAAGGCAUCGUUGCACCGAUAACAUUCGUAGAAUUUCCAACUCUUCUUGCUUUCCGACCUUGUAAAUGAGUGACUUGUCAAGCUCUGGAAUCAUGGAACUUCUUUAAUUCUCCAAGCAAGAUGGCGACAAAAGCACUGGCAACAUGAACAGUACAGGAAUCUUUUAGCAUCGAGCAGGGAUCCGGUUGGUUAAUGUGUGUUAUCUAACUGUGUUAAUGGAGCAAAAAGACGUUAACAAAGCAAAAGCACUUUAAUCAGUGAUAAUGCUAAUGUUGGCAUCAAAAGCUCAUAAGCUAAUCUCUCUUUUAUCUCUCAAAAUCGUACAUUUUUAUGCACUUAUUUCAUUUCGUGACUCGGUUCUGCACACAAUCAUAUUAUUGGUGGAAAGAUGUAAAACUUAAUGAAAAUGACAAGAGUGCACGAUCAAUGAUGUUUCAUUUUAUUUU